AGUAUAGAGGGAGCAGAGAUAGAGAGAUAAAGAGAGGCGUGGGAUGUCCCUAGGGUUUAUAUAUUACACUAUUCCAGUGUUUGUCUAACCUACGAUUCUAUCACCCCUCUUUCCUGACUCCAUGGAUUUCAGCAAGAAACGCAAGGCCGAAGAGAACGGCAUCGUUGUCGGCGCCGACAACACGCCCACCGCCACCACAAACACAACCACAACCACAACCAUCACCCCUGAAGACGCACGCAAGCUCCUCCAGCCCUUCACUCAGGACCAACUCAUCGACAUCCUCCAAAACGCCGCCGUACGACACCUCGACGUUCUCGACGCCGUCCGCUCCGUUGCCGAUCGUGAUUCUACCCUCCGUAAGCUCUUCAUCCGUGGCCUCGGCGCCGAGACCACCUCCGAGUCCCUUCGCGCUCUCUUUUCCACCUACGGCGACCUCGACGAGGCCAUAGUUAUCUUCGAUAAGGCCACAGGAAAGUCUAAAGGUUAUGGCUUUGUGACCUUCAAGCACGCCGAUGGUGCCCUUCUCGCCCUGAAAGAACCCAGCAAGAAAAUCGACGGUAGGAUCACCGUCACCCAGUUCGCGGCCGCGGGAGUGAACAACUCGGCGUCGGGGAGCGAUGUCUCGGCCAGAAAGAUAUAUGUUGGGAACGUGCCGUUUGAUAUUUCUUCGGAGAGGCUUUUGAGCCAUUUUUUGAUGUAUGGGGAGAUAGAGGAAGGACCAUUGGGGUUCGACAAGGCUACUGGAAAGUCAAAGGGGUUUGCUUUCUUUGUGUACAAGACAGAGGAGGGUGCAAAGGCUGCGCUUGUCGAUCCUAUGAAGAAUAUUGAUGGGCAUCAAGUGGCUUGUAAAUUGGCUGUAGAUAACAAGAAGACCAAAAUUGGAGCUCAACCCCCAAGUGGGCUUACUGGGGAUGGAGUUCCAGGGCCUCAUUCUUCUAUGCAGGGUUCAUAUCAGGGCUCCCAAUAUGGUGCACCGCCACCGGCUGGUUUAUAUUCGGGAUUUCCUGGUGGGCAUCAUGGGCAAGGUCCUCCCCCACUGCCUGUUAGUAAUUAUUCGUCAAUGCCUUCAUCUAUCGGUGCUGGUGGGGUGGGAUUGUCGUCCAUUGGGAACCAGGUACCAUCUUCAGUGAAUAAUGUUGUUGGUGGGUAUGGUGCAAAUUAUGGUGGUGCAUAUGGCGGGCCAACUGCUGGAGAGUUUGGUGGCCGGUUGCCUCCGAGUUCUAUGCCCUCUGGAGGAUACCCAGAUGGUUCGCAUUAUGGUUUAACAUCGUCAGCGCUUCCAGCACAACAUAACCAACCUCCUCCUGUGCCAAGAGUUACGCCCGGAGGGAUGUACCAGAGCUUGCCACAUUACUAUUGAGGUCUAUGACAAGCUUCUUGGGAGCAAAUGCUUUAAAUGCUUAUGGUGAUUUCGUGAAUGCAGACAGUGAAAUUCUUGGAUUGAUUAUAUGGACUGCUGUAAAUUUGUUGGUGCUUCACUUCGUCUGCCUCUAUAAGCUGUGCUUUAAUUUUUAAUGGACCUUGAUCUGUAUUUGAAGGCGUAGUGCAACUUUUGUUAUUAAGUGAUUUACUUAAAAGAGUUUUAUAUUUUAUAAUUGAGAAUCCUUUACUUACCUGUUUUUCAGCAUUAGUGUUAGUUCUGUCACAUGCUGUAACACUGCUACCUGAUAGUGUAUGUUUCUCUGAUCAAACAAGGAACUAAGAUAUGAUUACAUGUUUUUCAUGUGAUAUCUUGUGAUUCAUUCUUUAUGUUCUAUGAGGAAAACCUUUAUGACCAAUCACAAUCUGCAACAAUUAUUCCAUCUAAUAUGGUCUUACAUGUGCUAUAUCCUUCUAUCUGAACUAAUACGCUCCAGUUUCCAUUUGUUUAUGAGGUAGCUAACAAUAUUGGAAGCUCCUUCUUCCGCCGCCCCCCCCCCCUCUUCUUCCUCCCAAUAUUUGUUUGUGAUCCUGUUCUUUCCUGUCUAUGCUUUUCUCAAAAAUUUCUUUUUUAAAUUCUAUUUUUAAGGAAUGUUCUUUAGGGAAGUGGAAUAGUUUACCCUUUUAGAAUGCUACUUUCCUGAGUGGGCGUAAUGUGAUGAUUGAACUCGCUGCCCUUAUGUUAAUUCACUAAAUUUUUCUCCAGUGACUCAGUUCCAUAGCUUGUUGUUCAUUCAAUAAUUUUUUGCUGGUAGCUUAAUAGAUAGAUAUCUUUACUUUCUGAAUUUACCGAUUGCUUAAGAGAUGACAUGGUAAUGUUGAAAUGCAUACCUUUAUGGAGUACAUGCCGAAUUUAUUACUUUUUAUUUCCAUUUUUUUUCCCUCUUUUGUUUUACCUUUUCAGAGUUAACCGGCAUGUCAUAUUAAAGUAAUGUCAAGUCUAUUUGGGUUAGUUAAGCUAGACUAAACUAAAGCUUUGAUCGUAAAAUGUUUGGGUUGGAUUGCUCAACAUGAGGCUUUCGAUUAUACUUUUUACGAUGCGCCUUUACAUUAGUGAUGAUUUUAUAUUGUUCUACCUACCUAGUUUUGGUUUCCCUUUUGGUCAGCUCCUUCUUGUGUUGGCUUGUACCAUUUAUUUAGUCUGACACAGCAUGGUCUUUGUUGCACGUAGAGUAUGUCAAAUAUCUAAAAACUUGUACUGUCUCAACUUAAUUUUUUCCCAUGUUCAUUCAUCCACUCGUUAUAUAUUUUCUGGUGUUGUGAGAGAUUUAUUUGGGAUGUGGCGUAUACUUUAUUAAUAUUCCCGUAGAGAUCAGCAACUACAUUUUUGUAUUUUUGAGUUCCUUUUAAAGACACGCCCAAAUUAGCAUUUUUCUUCUGAUACUAUGUAGCUUUUUUGUGGCCUUGGUUCGAGCACAUAUUGUAUUUCCCUCAUUGGGAGCUUAUUUGUGCCAGACUGAUACUUCUCUUCUUAGGUUUUAUCUUUAAAUUUUAGGACAUUGUUCAAGUGCUUCUCUUCUUAGUUAUAAUCUUUAAAUUUUUGGGCAUGGUUCAAGUGAUAGGUGACUGAACUUGUUCUUUCACACUAUAUUUCUAGUGGUUAUGGAAUUUAUACAUAGAUGUUGUGACAAUGUAAGAUCUAAUGUUUAAUGAAACCUACCUUUUGUCCAACUCGUCGAUUCCUUUUCAAAAGCAGAAUAGAGUGAAAAAUUCUUUAAAUAUUUAUGCUAUAGUAGUUGGGAGGCAUUGAUGUUUGUGGAAGCCAUACUUGCCUAUGUAUGCCCUGCCUUGUGAGAUUUUUUUGCUUCUGUAUAUAUUAUGGCUCAUGUUUUGCUUUGUUGGCUGGCGAGACUAAUGACUUUGGAGCUGGCUUUCCUUUUCUUUGUUGGUGGAACAAAAAACAAAUGCCCUUUUGGAAGCUGGGAUACUGAUUUGGUGUGCCAAAUGCUGUCUGGAGGAGGAUGAAGGAAGCCAUAAGCAACAUCUGAUCUGACCCAAUGACUUGGAUAUGUAAUCACUGAUCAGCCAUCUAAUUCUAAUUGUACAUUUGACACAGUUGCCUAACAUCUACCAAAUAAAAAAUAACAAAACAUUAGUAAUA